CCCAGUGUGACGCGUAUUGGGAAAUGGAAAUCAUACGGAAGCUGCUCUCCUCAGUCCUCUCACGAGUUUUUUUUCCGUUUAUGAACCGAAUCCUUUCCUGCUUACAGACCAGCGAUUUCUCCCUCUUAUAAUCACCAGCCCACUCAUUUCUUCUGCGUUUUCAACUUCCCCUCUUCCAAGGCCAAGGAGUUUUUCGCUCUCUUCCCAUUUCCCUCCCUUUCAUUCUUCGUUGCUCCUCUUUGUGGUGAUUCAGCUAUCUUUGCAGAAGAAGAUGAAGGUGGUUGCUGCUUAUUUGCUCGCUGUUUUGGGCGGAAACACCAGCCCUACUGCUCGUGAUAUUAGGACCAUUCUCGCCUCUGUUGGAGCUGAAGCUGAAGAUGAAAAGAUUGAGCUGCUCCUUUCUCAAGUUAAGGGUAAGGAUAUAGCAGAGGUUGUUGCCUGCGGGAGGGAGAAGAUGGCAUCUCUACCUGCCCGCGGUGUCGUUGCAGCUGCUGUUGGUGUGCUCACUGCCGGUGGGGGCGAUGCUUCCGCUGCCACGGCUGCUCUGGCUGCAGCUGAGGCUAAGAAAGAGGAGAAGAAGGAAGAUGUUGAGGAUUCUGAUGAUGACAUUUGCUUUACUCUGUUUGAUGAGUAAGGAAUUGGGUUCCUGAAAUCUUCUUCUCUUGGAGAUUAUUAGGCUUCUAUAGAUAAAGAUAUGCAACUUUACUCUGCUUUUAGACAUGGGUGUUGAAAUUAUCAGACUACUUUCUUUCUUGGAUUGAUGAUCUUUUGCAUGGAGAACAGGAACAUGCUUUAUCAUUUGACCUUCUCUGCUCACUAAUUGGUAUAGUUUUGCUAUUUCUCUU